AUGCCUCGACUCGUUCGUAUGCAUUUAGUUUUCGCAGAAGUAAGGCGUCGAGAAAUAGCAGUUCGGCGAGGUCUUAGACGUGGAAGGUUAUUUAGAGACCGAACCAACCCACUUGAUAUUUAUGAUGCUGUUGACUUAUAUCAAAGGUUUAGGUUUCGUCGAGCUUCUAUUUUCUAUUUGGAAAAUUUGCUGAAAACAGAUUUACAACCAAAGUCAAAUCAAAGUUUUUGUGUUCCACUAAUCUAUCAAGUAUUAUGCGCACUUCGAUUUUAUGCAACAGGAUCUUUCCAGAUUGUGAUUGAUGAUUCUACAGCAGCAGUCAACCAACUAUUUCUAGAAUUAUUCGCCAAAUCAUCAAAUCAUUCUAUCAAUGUGCAAGCGGUGUGUAAUUAUAACGGAAAGUUCAUUGAUAUUAUUGCAAAAUGGCCUGGAAGCACACAUGACGCAAGAAUUUUAAGAGAAUCAAAGCUUGGUAAAAAAAUGAUAAAUGGUACUCUUAAAGGUUUAUUACUUGGCGAUUCCGGGUAUCCAUAUUUUUGUUGGUUGCUUACGCCGAAUCUAAGUGCAACUACAGCAGCUCAGCUGUUUGGAAGGUGGAAAAGACGGUUUCAUUUGCUUCAUGGAGAGGUUCGAAUGACCCCAGAAAGAACCUGCACCAUAAUUGGUGCGUGUGCUGUAUUCCAAAAUUUAGCAAUAGAGUUAAAUGAUGUGGACAUAGAUGACAAUCCAAUUGAAAAUUAUGAAAAUAAUAAUGAAGACAUAGUUGCUGAAAAUAACUUUCGAUUCCUUGAUAAUUUUGUUUUGCGACAUUUUGGACAAUAA